AUGAGGGCCUUCCUCCACGUGCACGAUAUUCUGGACAAGGAGAUUACGAAUAGAAAACUCGAAUCCCGCUUCAGGAUUUCAGAUGCCAGUACGGGCGCUAUUCGAGUCCGCGAGGUCCUCUUCAACAUCAACGACUUUGAGCCUCUGAACGUGUUCCUAGGCGCUCAUGACAACAGCUCUGACGGAGAGAGCGGGCCCCUGGACAGCGAACAUCGCGAUGCCAUCGCAAAGAUGGGCCAUGCUUGGAUCGCUGUGGAGCGAGAGGCUGCGAGGAAAUCUCGCUCUGACGGCCCAAGACCGGUAUCAGUCAAGCCCGCGAUUCCGGGCGAAGCGGCCGCGCAAAUCGACAUUGAAGGGGCGGACGGCGGCUCGAUCUCGUUUCAAGAUGUCGUAGCUCUCGAAGAUGAGAUGGACGGUUACGAUGAGCAGGAGGUGCGGGAACUCCCGUCAGGACAUUUCGUGUGA